CCGCGCCCCACGUGUUGCUGCGGGGCUUUGCCCACCGGAGUCGGUAGUGGGAGGCGCGGUGUGUUAGGGCACCGCCCUGCUGACCCUGCGACCACCCACUCCAGCGAUCCCGGGCUGGGAACUGCUGAGAGAGUGUGGACUUCACUUAGACUUGAUUUUUGCCCUCUUCUGGGGUUAAGGUAGUUGGGUUGAUUCCUAUUUGAUUAAGCAUUUAAUUUCAAUGGAAAGCGCUCUAUUUGUUGGUCUGUAUGACUCAUUUCGAUCCCUCCACAAGACUCCUGUUUCUGUCACCUGCCUAGUCCUGUGAUUCAAAACUUGCUGCUUGGGUAUAGUUUUAUACAGGAUGGUCACAAGUAUCCUUUGGAUGACAAUCAACUUGCCAUCCUUGGGAACAACAAAGACUUGUUUUAACUUGGGGGAAGCUGUUAGCGAUUUGGUGAGAGCUUUGACCUGUCAGAGAGCAGGACCAAAAGAAUAGUAUGGUUUGUCUCUUGGGUAAGCUACCCAAGAUGUGACUUCCAAAAUUCAGUUUUCUUUGUGGGAGGAAGGGGGGGAGUUCAGAUUCUCCAGCAGAAAGCUUAUUUCUUGUUAAAUUGGCUCAUGGUUUGUACUCUGCUCUGGACAGCUAUGGCGGAUACCAGAGCAACUUACUUAAAGCCAUUGCAUUUUCUUCUAACUGACAGGAACUCCAAGUAGCUGUUUAAAAACUUGAACCCCGGGCCGAUUUCUGUAGACAGCUGUGUAUGUGCUCACACGUGUACCAAGUUUGCAAAAGGUGCCAAUCCUCUACCACGGUCUCAAGUGCCCCCUCUGAGGCCCUCUGUAUGAGUGACACGCCAGGCGGCCAUGGAACCUAGCCCUGCCCUGGCCUGGCUCCUGCUGCUGAGCCUGGUGGCCGACUGUCUGAAAGCUGCCCAGUCCCGAGACUUCACAGUGAAAGACAUCAUCUACCUCCAUCCUUCAACCACUCCAUAUCCUGGUGGAUUUAAAUGUUUCACCUGUGAAAAAGCAGCAGACAAUUAUGAGUGCAACCGAUGGGCUCCUGACAUCUACUGUCCUCAAGACACCAGAUACUGCUACACUCAGCACACGAUGGAAGUCACAGGGAACAGCAUCUCUGUCACCAAACGCUGUGUCCCACUGGAGGAGUGCUUAUCCACAGGCUGCCGAUACUCGGAGCAUGAAGGCUACAAGAUCUGCACCUCCUGCUGUGAAGGAAAUAUCUGUAAUCUACCGCUCCCUCGAAAUGACACUGAUGCCACAUUUGCCACCACAUCCCCUAUAAACCAGACAAACGGGCACCCACACUGUGUGUCAGUGAUUGUGUCCUGCUUGUGGGUGUGGCUGGGACUCACCUUAUAGUAACCCUCCCUACCCAAUGUAGGUGAGCUCUGUGGGCUUCACCGUGGCCAUAGUCAUGCAUGAGUCAUCGGCUUGGCAGCAGCGAAACAAUGCAACCACAGCACCCCCAGACGUCGUCACGGCCAGCCAUUAGCAUUCCUAUGAAGAGCAAGCAUUGCUCCCUCCCGAGCUGUCAUUUCCAGCCUAACCACAACCCCACCUGAGUCAGCCUGUCCCCGAUAUGGACCCUGAUUCUUAC